AUAUACGCUUACAAAAUAAUUGCGUUGCCACGAUAACACAAGUAGUGUGAACAUUUAUAGUAACUUGCACAACAACAAUCUUUGACAUAUAAAAACGAUGAAAAUUAUAAUCAUUUUAUUACUGGCAAUUAAAGUAGCAUAUUUAUCUGGAGGAGGUUUGAAUCAUUGCACUAACCGGAAUUUAGUAUACAAUGGUGUUAAAUAUGAUGAUAAAAAGUAUCCGUACGUAGUCUCAAUUCAAAUUCAAAAUGCGACACAUACAUCGCAUUGCACGGGUACAAUGGUAAAAAAAUUGUACGUAGUGACCGCUGCUCACUGUCUUUACGGAUAUACAGCACAAAAUGUAAGAGUAUUUCUAGGAUCAGAACUGAAUAAGGUUUAUCAAAAUGCAGUCGAGCUGCACAUGCCCAAAUCGUACUUACCCAGGAGUAUUGUGUUUUCAGACGUAGCUAUUAUUAAAACUUGGUGUGUUCGUGUGGUAAAAAAAAGUUGAACUUAAAUGAAACGAAUUGGAAGCGACAUAUUUCGUCCUGUAAAUCAGAAGAGAGACUAAAAAUCUCAAAAACAUGCAAUAAUUUAACCAAUUAUUUUUCAAAAAAAAGAGAUAAUUCUACAGUUUUUGAUGGACUUGAUGGAACAUCAUUGCAAAAGAGUAAGUAUUUAAUUAA